ACAGAGUAAUGAACUCCAAUAAAAGAAAGUUUUUUGUCUUGACAGUCAAGAGUUUCGCUUUACACCCACUGCGCGGCUAGGGUGAUUCACGGGAUAACAGCUAUCAUGCCGAUACAAUAAUGACUAUAACAUCUCCGCUGUCGCCUGUCCCUGUCGCCCCACCGUCUGGGGGGCGGUCCACUGAGGCAGCGGCUAGGCAGGAGUGAAGGCAGUGUGGCUCCCGGGGGCAUUUCUUACGUACGCCGCCAUGCAGAACAGCCACAAGGAGCGUCUCUACAAAGUGCUGGUGAUCGGGGACCUAGGUGUGGGUAAGACGAGUAUCAUCAAGCGCUACGUUCAGCAGAGGUUCUCCGGCAACUACCGCGCUACCAUCGGAGUGGACUUCGCGCUGAAGGUGCUCAGCUGGGGAGGGGAGACCGUCCGCCUGCAGCUGUGGGACAUCGCCGGUCAGGAGCGUUUUGGAAACAUGACCCGGGUUUACUACAGAGACGCCAUGGGUGCAUUUAUCAUCUUUGACGUGACCCGGCGUGAUACAUUUGAGGCGGUCGCCAAGUGGAAGGAGGACCUGGACUCCAAGCUCACCCUGUCAAACGGCAGGAGAGUCAGCGCCGUCCUCCUGGCCAACAAGUGCGACCACGGGUGUGAGCUGCAGAGUCACGACGCAGCCAGGAUGGAGCAGUUCUGCAGGGACAGUGGCUUCGUGGGCUGGUUCAGGACAUCAGCGAAGGACAACAUCAACAUAAAUGAGGCAGCGAACUGUCUGGUGAAGCACAUCAUCGCCAGUGAGAGGGACGUGGUGAAAUCGACCGUGCCUGACAUCAUCUCACCAAAGCUCAGUGCAGUGAAGGACAGCGCCUGCUCUGGCUGUUUUAAGGGGUGAGGGCCGGCGGGGGGGCGUGGUUACAUACUGAAGGGACGCUACUUGUGGGGUGUGGCUUCUCACUCAGGCACGAUUAUUAAAUGCUGUGGCUAAAAUGCAGAAUGGCACCUUAUGUCCUCUGGGCUUCAGUCUUGUACGAUAAACAGGGUUCCUCUACUCCAGAGGUGGGGGAUCUGAUUCAUGGAGAACCGGUAGAGGUGGGGGGGGUUUUGGGAUGAUCUCUCAAUCGGCUGUUUACAAAGCAGUGAUUCUCUACCCCUGUCCUGAGGACUCAGUAUCACUGGCACCCACAGUGGCUCUCCGUGAAUCAGGUUCCCCACCCCAGCUCUACAAACUCCAUGGAUCAAACAAAAGACUCCUGGCAAACGCUCUUUUUUCCAUUGUCUGAAACAGCCAGAGCAGCAUUUGAAACGAUGAGAAAAUAAUGAAAAUUUUUUGAAACCUUCUAUAAAUGUGACUGUGGGCCCAUUUUUACAAUGGGGGACAGGUUUAAUGAGGGGGUGGUCUGCAUGGUAAAAUGGAGCAAUGCAGAAAGAAGUGCUCUAAUGCAUCUGUACUCAUACCUGUACAAAUGGCAAAUAAAGCAUCAUUUCAUUUCAAUCA